AUGGUCACAACAAAGCGUGCGGCGAGGCUCCCAGAGGACGCACCACUACCUACCGCAGGCGGUACCUCGACCGCGCUCGGACUGCUCGCCGGUGCCGACCGAGUCGAGGGCUGUCUUCUCGGGAACGGUGAGCGGUCAGGCAGCGUAGACCUCGUCGCCGUCACGCUCAACAUGUAUACGCAAAGCGUGCCUUGCAGACUGGACCUCAGCAAUAUACAAUCCACGAUAGACCUCGUAACCGAGCUCACCUCCAUCCCUGUCCAUCCCCGGCACCCCUACGCCGGGGAGCUCAUCUUCACCGCCUUCUCCAGUCAGCACCAGGACGGGAUCAAGAAGGGGCUCGAGUCGCGAGGCGCGCCGGCCAGCCGCUGCUCUGGGACGUUCCGUACCUCCCGCUGGACCCUGCGGAUCGUUAACUCAGGCGGAACUCAGGAGGUACAAGCGCGGAUGUCAGCCAACGUGCGGUCGACCCGCGAAGUGAAGGGGCGUGCAGUUGGGAGGGAAUGGGAAGACGAGAAGAUCAGCGAGGCUCAGGCGCGGGAGCAUCAGCAAUGCGCGCGCCAGGCACCGGGGCUACAGGCUCAUGGGGCGGAGGCGCGACCUCUGGGACAACGAGUUCGGGAACAGCGGGCGCAGAUGGUGCAGCGAAGGAAGAGCCGCCCGGGACCAUCGUCAUCAAGCAGCGGUCUAUUGCGGUCCGAUGCUCUUGCACUUGGCUUCCAUCAUCCUCCGAAGUUCGCGCGACCGCUACGACCGACGGAAGACUUCGAGAACCUCAUCCAGCGUGCGGCACGCCAGCCCACCGGCCAGCCGACCACGAAGGCUAAGACUGGUCAGGCCGCUGUAAAGUCAGCGCCGGCUGCUAAGAAGUCCUCCACCGCUACGAAAGCCUCAUCGAAGGGCGCCACGGGUUCCAAGCGCGGCAGGCAGGAAACCCCAGAGAGAAAUGGCAAGACCUCCCAGCCCGACAUUCUGUCCCCGUCCGAGAAGCGGUUGUACGACAAGUUGAAAGCGAAGAUGGAGCAGGCCGAGAAGCAGGCGGCGGCCGAACAUCGAUCCAACGUACGAAGGACGAGCACAGCUAUGUUGCUAGAGGAGAACACGUCUGGCGCAGAGGACGAGGAGGAUGAGGAUGAGCAACCGAGGCGCAAGAAGCUGAAGAAGAACGUGGAGAUCAGGCUCAGCGAGGAUGAAGAACAGGACGAGCUUGUCGAGGAGGAGGAGGUGGCGGCGGAGGCGGAAGCGGAAGCAGAGGAGGAGAUGCGAGUGGAGCCAGAGCGAGAGGUGGGCAAUGCGAACGAUGUGGAUAAUCCCCCAGAGGCACCUCUGCCUCCGCGCCCCAAACCUAAACCAAGGCCUGCGUUUGGUCGGAAGCCGGCGAACGAACCUGAGAAAGCCAAGAAUGACCGGGGCGACACUUUGCUCGACGCAGACGAGCGUAACCUUGCGACAGCUCUCGAAGACGACGAAGAGCAACGCACUAACGUCACGCAGCGUGCCAAAGCCAAGAAAGUGUGGCGCAUGGACGCCGUUGUCAUUGACUCACCUCCAAAAAAGGUGAAGAUUACGCAGCAGACGGUGGUCAACAAGAACAAGGGCAAGGGUGCGGCGGUCAAGACCAAGGGCAAGGGUGCAGCGGUUGAGAAGAACAAGGGCAAGGGUACGAGGGUCAACAAGAAGCAGAAGAAACAGCGCGACUGGUUGGACACCGACACCGAGUCGGAGAACAAGACCGAGCCGGACGCGGACGAUACGGAAGAAGACCAUGAGUCGGACAGUGACUCGGACAGCGACAGCGACAGCGACGGCGACAGCGACGACGAUGAUUCGGAGGAAGACAGAGACGCGGAGGACGAGGCGAUGGACGAGGACAGUGAGGAUGAAGUGAUCGUUGUCAAGGCCCCGAAGAGUAAGGCCGGGCAGUCCAAAGGCAAGAGAAGCAAACGUAGCAGCAGCAGCGCGGCCGGGCAGAAGUCCGAAGGUCGUCGUCGUGCGCAGGCCAGGGACAUCCCGGAGACCCUCAAGCCUAUUGUUACGUGCUCACAGAUGUACCUCCGCCUCCGCCUCUCACUCGACCACGCGUGGACCUCCGAGAAGACGCAGAACAGCAGUCAGCUGCCCCACAAGCACCUCGUCAUCAAGAGGGCCUUGAAGGACGCUCGCCGCCAUCGCGCGGAGGACGGCAAGAAGAUCGAUUACCUUGUGUCAGGGUUCAAGACCCUGAAAAAGAAACGCAACCACGUUCUUCGCGAGAACGUCGCCAGUGUUGUGUGGACAGGCGCGUCUCAGCUCCGAAACGAGGUCAAGAAGAAAGCGAAGAUUGUGGUCGACAGUGCCUACGGCCUGGGAAGCCUCUCGACGCAGCGCAGAGUCGCAGCCGCAACAUUCCUCCUCAAGUCGAACACACAGGGCAAAUUCUCAAUGCCGAAUUUUAUCUUCGGCGAAAUCGACAUCGCCUGGCAGUCGGACGAACCUUACGAGGUCGACAUGAAGGCGAGCGUCGUGAACCGCAAGAAACCGUUCCAGCACAAGGCGUUGUCCGACGUCAUUGUGCAGCACUGGUUCCAUGGACACAGGGACACUGCGUCAGUCGCAGCGUACGAUCGGUUCAGUGAGGUUCCGAACAACCUCAUAGCCCUCGUGUGCAAUGCGAUCGAGGCGGCGUUGGUGGACAUAGCCACAGGGACUCACCACUUCUCUAACAAGCUAUAUGCGGCCAAGUGGAUCAACAUCAUGGGCAUCCUGGAUCAGUUCGAAAGCAACGCAUCGGAGGCGUACCAAGCUCUGAAGGAGAUGAUGUGGACCAAUGUCAGCGCACUCAUCGAUGAGCAGCAAGUCUCGAGAUCGAAGGAUAAGCAAGACGUCGCUGACGAUGGUAGCCCUGGCGAGCAGUUCAUCGCGUGGAGCGAUGUAGAGGUCGGCGACACUAAGGCCACCGGAACGAAGGCUGCAAAGCCAUCGUCAAAGCUGUCGUCUUCGAAACCGACAUCGUCGAAGCCGUCGUCUUCGAAGCCGACAUCGUCGAAGCCGUCGUCAUCGAAGCCGACAUCGUCGAAGCCGACAUCGUCGAAGCCGACAUCGUCGAAGCCGACAUCGUCGAAGCCGCCGUCGUCGAAGCCGCCGUCGUCAAAGACGACGACGUCGAAGGCGCCUGAGGUCGAGCCUCAGGUCAACGAAGAAGAAGCUGGGCGUGUGUAA